CCGGGCGCACCGCACAGCCUGCCCAUGGGGGGUGCGUGGUGGGGAGCAGCGCCGGAGGCCAAGGGAGAGAUGGGUGGUGACAGGGUGCACUUCUGCACAGGCAGCCAGAGGGUGUCCCUGCGCCCCCCAGGGCUGGACUCGGCGGCGGGGGGUCCCGCGGCCCCCAGGAAGCUAAGGCUCGCUCAGACCACCGUGGCAGUUAUGGCUGUGACUCUUGUCUCCUCGCUGGUGGCUCUCGUUGUUGUGGUCCUGCAGAAGCCAGGAUCCCCGCCCGUGCCCUUUCAGCAGUUUCAAGCCUCGACUCCGACUCCGGGAGACAAGGCCGCGGCCGAGCAGCUACCCGCGGAGCCGCACGAUCCCCACCGCUCUGACGGGCUGGCAGAGUUGCAAGAGACUCUCCAGAUGUUUAAAAGCCAUGUGGAGAAUUCCAACACCUGGAGCACGGAGAUCUGGAUGUUGACUUGCAGAGUGGACAAUGUCAGUUCUCAGAUCCAGGUGCUCAGUGGGCAUCUGGAAGAUGCCAGCGCUGACAUCCAGAUGGUAAAAGGCAUUCUACAGGAUGCCAAUACCUUGAGUUUCCAGACCCAGAUGUUGAGGAGUUCAAUGGAGGGGGCCAGUGCGGAGAUCCAGAAGCUAAAAGGAGAUCUGGAAAAUGCAAAUGCUUUAAAUUCCCAGACCCAUAGUUUCUUAAAAAACAGUUUAGAAAAUGCCAGCAUUGGUCUCCACAUGCUGAGUGGAGGCUUAGGAAAUGCCAACACUGAAAUUGCAAUAUUGAAGGCAGGGCUGAAAAUGGCAAAUGCCCAGGCCCAGUGGGCAAACAGUAGUUUAAAGGAUGCUAAUGCUCAGAUCCAUGUUUUGAGAGGCCAACUUGCUAGUGUUGAUGAUUUAAGGGCUGAAAACCGGGUUUUAAGAAGUAGUUUGGAAGGAGCCAAUGCUGAGAUCCAGAGGGUCAAGGGAAGCGUGCAAAAUGCCAAUGCUUUAAACUCCCAGACCCAGACUUUUCUAAGAGGCAGUUUAGACAACACCAGCUCGGAGAUUCAGUUAUUAAGAGGUCAUUUCAAAAGGAAUGGGGAUGAGAUUCUCUUGUUAAAAAGAGAUUUGGAAACAGUCACUGCCCAGACCCAGGUAACAAGCAACCAUCUGGAGCGGACAGAUGCUCAGAUCCAAUUAUUAAAAACAGAGCUUGAAAAUGCCAAUGCCUUAGAUCCCAAGAUUCAGGUGUUAAGCAGUUAUCUGAAAAAUGCCAGCAGUGAGAUACAGACCCUAAAACAAAGAGUGGAAGCUGCUGCAUCGUUAGUUUCCAAGACCCAGAUGUUAGAGAGCAAUCUGCAGAAGGCCAAUGCCGAGAACCAGCAGUUAAAGUGGGAUUUAGAGAACACCAAAACGCUAAUUAAGAAAAUCCAGGAGAAGCAGAACGGCCUGGAGACAAUCCGUGAGGCCUUUGGUUCCCAGGAGCAGCUACAGAGGACCCAAAAUCAGCUUCUUCACCUGAUCCUGCAAGGCUGGGAGGCCCAUGGCGCCAGCUUGUACUACUUCUCUCACGUCAAGAAGUCCUGGCACGAGGCAGAGCGCUUCUGUGUGUCGCAGGGAGCCCACCUGGCCUCAGUGACGUCAGAGGAGGAGCAGGCCUUUCUGACGCGGUUCACGAGCACGUCCCACCACUGGAUCGGCCUCACGGACGGGGGCCACGAGGGCGUCUGGCGCUGGGCAGACGGGACACCGUUCAGUGCUGGCCGGAGCCCUGCGUUUUGGGGCAGCCAUCAGCCAGACAACUGGCAGCACGAGGACGGCCGGACGGAGGACUGCGUCCACAUGCAGCACAAGUGGAACGACAUGCUCUGCGACACCCCCUAUCACUGGGUGUGCAAGAAGCCCACCGGCCAACGCGUGGCCUGAGACGGGCCAGGAGGGAGAGCCGCGGCCACUGCCAGCCCUGGGCCCCCCCCCCAUGCCCUGUGGAGACCGCUGCGCCCAGCCCGCUCCCCGGGGCUCCCCGUUCGGCCCUCUGUGUCCCCUGCUCGCCCUUUCAUUUAGCCCUGCACACCCGCUAACGUCGCGUGACCCGGGGGGCCCCAGGGCUCCUCCAGGCCAAGGGCUUGCUGUGCCCCCGCGUCCCCCUCAGCUGCCAGCGUGGGCCUGAGACGGCGGCUCCCCAAUAAACACUGAGUAGUGCA